GUCUCCAGCAGCUUCAGCUCUGUGAUGGAGGCUGCAAUGUGCCUUUCUGUGGCUUUGCAAAUCUCUUUCCUCAUCUGCAAAACACUGCACUAAAGUGCAAAGCUGGAGGGUUUAUUAGAGCAAGUGGUGGGGAAAAGCUUAAGAUCUAAAAUUCAGCUAAAAUCUGUGCUCUAUGGGUCACCCCUUGCCCUCCAGCCUACCCCCAGCACAGCCUGCUUACACACUAUUGGGACAGAAAAAUUUCCUGAGGUACCAUCCAGAUGUCUUAAGAGGGAAAGCCAAACCAAAAGAAAACUGAUGUAGCUGGGUGCUUUAAUUUGCAGGAAGAGCCGUGAAGCAGCAGGCUGGUUCCCAGCUGAAUCUUUCUUGCUGUAUCAAGCAUAAAUUCAUCAGGUAUUCCAUUUUCUGGGAAAAAAAAAAAUAAAGCAGAAUAAUUCACUUGGAAAUAAAGAGUGGAGCUAUUUUUCCCUCUGACAUGGUGAAUGUAAUUACCUAAGGCAUGGGAGGCUGAGAUAACUCACUUAUUCAGCCCCCACUCUCCAAAGAAACCAUCAUCAUUCUGUCAGAAAAGGCUUUAAACUUCAAUUCACAUCCUGAAUGCUAAAACAUCACCACAUACAGAAGCUGUCCUUAUGAUUUCCAUGCACCAGUUGCUGCAUCACAAGGAAAACACACUCAUAGAGAGGCCAGAAUUUAUUGUUGUCAAGGCCAUAUACACAGCACAAGCUCCUUGUGUUUGCUGGCCCUUUUCCUGAUGUUGUUGGUGUCUCCUUGUCCUUCAGGAGCAAUUCCUAGUGAAGCAAAGCACACUGGCACCCUCUUAGUAGUGUGUGAGCCACACUGGGGCUGGGAAAAUGUGCAUGGGGGUUGAGAGUCUCAAGCUGUGUCUGUUUGGAGAGCUUAGUGCAGGCAAGCCAUAAGCCUGUGAUUGCCCCCAAAUUUAAUUCCAUUUAGGCAGCACUCUCCCUUCUUCUGCCAUUACAUAAUGGGGAGUAAUGACUUUCAGCAAUGCUGUUUGAGUGGCAGCAGUCCAAUUCUGGACUGAAUUUUUAUUUUUUUAAUGGUGGGGGGAGAGCAGGUUGGCAGAGGGCAGAAAGCAUCCGUUUGGUUCGUUGCAAUCCCUGUUCCGCUCUGGGAGCUUUAGAGGACAGACACAUUCUUCCAUCUCUGCUAAUCCUCCUCUGAUACAGAGGAUUUUCCUGCCAUUAAAUGAUAGCUUGUGAGAAAAAAAUGCCAACUUUUCAGAGACUGACUCGUAUGGCUAAGGGCAGCCUCACGAGCAGGAGGGAGGACACAGCCACUGCCUGGCCAGGUAAGCAGCACAUCCAGAUGAUUUCUGUUGGGAAUUUUGUUUUCCACUCUUUGAUACUGAGCUGGUUAAACUCCUCUGUACCAGCACCUAUUUCCUGGGGAUAGAUCCAGUCAUUUACUGUUGGUGAUCCUUUCCCACCUCAGAUGACAGGAAUCUGCCAGUGGCAUGGCUUGUGGGAAGGAUGCGGAUGAGCUCCUGAAAAACAGUGGCACAAAGCUGCAGGAUUCCCUGAGAAGAUCCCUCAAGUUUUCUUGCCAGACCUGAAAUGCCACUAGAGAAUAAUCAAGGUAAUGUUUGCCAUCAUUCUAAAUGUGAUCCUUUGGGUCCCCCAGGUGCGCGGGGUGUGGGCCUGCGUGCGCUCCUGCCCGCCCAGCUGCGUGUGCACCCCGGAGAGGAGCUGCUCCGUGCUCUGCGACCGCGCCGGGCUGGGCCAGAUCCCCAGCCAGUUCCCCUGCGAAGCCUCCUCCAUCAACCUGGAUAAAAACAGCAUCAAGUUCCUGUCUGAGAGGGCCUUCGGGACGCUGCCUUCCCUCAAGUCCCUGUCGCUGAACCACAACAACAUCUCCUUCAUCACGCCGGGCGCGUUCAAGGGGCUGCCGGGCCUGACGGAGCUGCGCAUGGCCCACAACGAGUACAUCCGCUACCUGCACACGCGCACCUUCACCGCGCUGCGCCGCCUCCUCAGGCUGGACCUGGCCGACUGCAACCUCUUCAACAUCCCCGACAGGAUCUUCAUCGAGCUGCCCGCUCUGCAGGAGCUCUUCUGCUUCCAGAACAACUUCCGAAGGAUCCCGGGCGCCAUCAGGGGCAUGGAGAACUUGACCCACGUGUACCUGGAGAGGAACAGGAUCGAAGCGGUGGCCUACAACUCCCUGCAGGGCCUGAGCAAGCUGAAAUACCUGAAUCUGCAGGACAACAAGAUAAAUGUCAUCCACGAGCGAGCUUUUCAGGGCUGUCAGAGGAUGGAGUACCUGUACCUCAACGACAACUUGAUCAGCGAGCUGCCUGACAACUCCUUUGACGGCCUGAGGCGCCUGAAGAUGCUCAACCUGGGGGGGAAUUUUCUCAGGAACAUUUCCAACACCUGGUUCCGGGACUUGGGGGAGCUGGAGUUCCUCUACCUGGACCGCAACAGGAUCAGCUACAUCGAGGAAGGGGCUUUUGAGAACCUCACCAGCCUGGUGGCCCUGCACUUGAACAGCAACAACCUGACGACGCUGCCCUUCUCGGUGUUCGAGCCCGUGUACUUCCUGGGCCGCCUGUACCUCUUCCGCAACCCCUGGGAGUGCGACUGCCGCCUGGAGUGGCUCAAGGAGUGGAUGGAGAACUACAGGCUGGUCAGGGACAUUCCGUGUGCCUCCCCCUCCUCCGUGGCGGGCACCGACCUGACGGACGUGCUGUUCGAGAGGUCUCCCGAAGGGUUCUGCCUCGACCCGCUGGAGCUCAACGUCACGUCCGAGGGGCCCACCCCGAGCCAGGAGCCUUGGUCUACCACAGAGAGCAAGUUCAACAGCCUUAUCUCCAAACUGCUGCUCCAGAUGGGCCUUCCCGAGGAGGUGGCAAACGCCACCGAAGUGUACAGCAACAGCACGCAGCCGGCCGGACAGACCGAAGGGGUUUCUUCUGGAGGAGGCAGAACCGGGGCUGACUCCUCCUCCUGGUACCUCCCUGCACUUUGUACAGUGACUGUUCUGCUGUGCAAAUAGUCCAAGGGCUGGAUGGAGCAGCGGUUCUGCUUAAGCAUUUAGACCCUGCACCUACUUAGUCAUCAGAGGAAAGUUUUACUGUGGGCCUCUGAUACGUAAAGGGCUCCAGACUCUUCCAGUUUGGGUUCAUUGGAUCUGGCUCCAGAUUCCCCUGGGAGCUGGUGAGAUCUGGGUCCCACUCUGGGUGACAAACCUGCCCUGUGGGUGUUCCAGAGCCUCCAGGAUACUCACAUGGAGAUGAGCAGCACUAAGAUUCAGUUUUGCCUAGAGGUGUGUGCUGUUCCUGCUGGGAGUGGAGGGAAGAGGGGUCUGUCUGUGGCGUUUGUUCCAUCGGGCCAACUCGUGAGAGAAAGAUGUUCCAUGGUGACUGAGCUUCAGGAGAGCAAGAUGAGGCUGCAAAACCAGACCCCUCUUCAUGUCCUGACAGACACCCACACCCAUGGCAGGCACUGCUGAACAACGGGAAACUCCUCCUGAUUUCCCCCAGUGGGUGCAGGAGGGAUCAGGGCAGUUCUGGGCAGCAUCCAGGGAUGCUGGAGUGCUGGAUUCAGCUCUAGGACUCAUCCAGGGAUGCUAGAAUGCUGGAUUCAGCUCUAGGCCUCAUGAAAAGCAGGAAAGUACCUGGGGAGAGCAUCUGCCCCAGGCAGAUUUGGGAUGGGCACAGUAUUUUGGCUGUGACCAAGGCAGGAUUUUGAUCCUUUCUUCCCCCCUGUUAUCAGGUACUGGUGCAGGACAACGAGAUGGACCCACUUUUGUCCAAACAUUCUUCUCUGAGGCAAAGCUACUUAUUCCCAUAAUUUCAAUGUGUUUAAUUUUUCAGUGAAUAUAUUAUUUUAAGGAUUACCUUUUUUUUUUAUUAUUUGUAGAUUGUUUCAUGGCGUGGCAGCAGGGGCAGAGCAUGGUGAUGACAAAUGCAACCAGGCCCUAUGAAAUAUUUUGUAUUUCCACCACUAAUAUAUACCAUGUAGUGUGUCAUAUUAUGCCAUACUGAUAAUUUUCUUUUAUACAGCAUCUUAAGUGUUUUAUCUUUGAAAUCUUCAAUGAAAGCUGCUAAUAUGACCAGAAAGAAUGAUGUUUUAUGUAUCAAAGCAUAUUAAUGAAAUAAUUUGAUAUUUUACUCAUAAAAAUAAAUUAACUCCUCAAGA